AACGAGGGCAGUGUAGCUCAUAAAAUGUAGGAGUGUCGGAACCAUUUUCAGCGUAUGUCAUAGCCAUUGCAAAUUCGUAACCAGCUGAAGAUACCGGGGUCUAAGGGUAGCGUCUGCAUACACAGACCCGACUCACUGCUGGCACGCAGGUGUUUCCUGUCCUGUGGAACGCAGGCCGGCUGGUCUCCAUGGACACGCAGGUCACGCCUCCAGGAUGUGUGUCACAUCACUCUGGUCACAUGGGUGCUAUCUUCCUGGUGUGUGUGGGACUCUGCGUGCUGUCGGGAUCUACUUAAAGUGACAGGAUUGGCUGCUGCGUUUCCUAUAUGCUGUGAUCAUGUCAGGAUCUAUCACCGGAGGUACAGAGGACUGCAGCAGCUGGACAGACAGACAGAGAGAAGAGUUUUCUGCUCAGUAUAGAGAACAGACAGUACUACUUGACGAACUAUCCAACUUAAAGAACGAUCGGAGGGUAUAUAAACAACAGCGGAACAGCAACAUUUACUUCCUCGCAGACAAAUCUAAAACCCUCAGUGAAUGCAAAAAAACAUUGGAUGACAUGAAACCUACUUAUCGGACUUUCGAGAACACUGAAAAAACUGAAGUUGAGAAUUAAGUCGUCUUGUGGAUGUGA